CUUUUCCUACUGUGGAGUGUCAUCCUUGUGGCUGCACUGUUCGGUUCGGUUCGAUCGGUUGGUUUCGGUCGGUGCUAGGUCGUGUCGUGUCCCCAGCGUGCAAAUUCUGGCCUACCCUGUUGCAUGCGCAAGUGCAUUCUACAUUUAGAACCUUUUUUUCAAAACCUGUGAUACGUAAUCGUUCUCCUGCCGUGUGUGCGUCAAGGGCGUUGGUGAUCAUCAUGAAGCUUAUCCUGCUGGCAUCGUUCGUGGCGGCCUGUUCGUGCGCCCGAUUGGACAACAACUAUCUGCCACCGCCGGGUGCAGCGGCCGCCGGUGGUGGUCCCGGACUGACGGCUCCUUCUCCGUCCGGUGGUGGUGGUGGUGGCGGUGGAUUCGGCAGUAAACCGGCUGCCGGCGGUGGUUUCGGUGCCCCUGCUGCACCAGCUCCUGGAGGUGUUUUCGGUGGAGCAGGCGCCGGAGGUCGUCCAGGUGGUGCUCCUGGAGCGGCCGGGGGUCGUCCGGGUGCUCCGUCACCUUCCUACGGUCCUCCGUCGAGUGGAUUCGGUGGAGGAGCUCCUUCAGCCUUCGGAGGUGGUGCACCAUCGGGUGGAUUCGGUGGCAGCGGCGGUGCUGCUUCUUCCGGUGGAUUCGGUGGCGGUGCCCCAGCAGCACCAGCCCCGUCCGGGCCGAGCCAACCCCCGAUAGAGAUCAUCUCGUACGAGAAUAUGAACAAUGGCGAUGGAAGCUACAAAUACAGUUAUGAAACGGCCAACGGUAUCAAGGUGGAGGAACAGGGUGAGGUGAAGAACAAGGGCUCGGAGAAUGAGAUCCAGAGUGUGCAGGGUUCGUACUCGUACACCGCUCCCGAUGGACAGGUCAUCACCGUGACGUACAUCGCGGACGAGAAUGGUUUCCAGCCACAGGGUGACCAUCUGCCGACGCCGCCCCCGAUUCCGGAGGAAAUCCGUAAGGCGCUCGAGGCGACGGCUGCGGCACAGGCCGCUGGUGGUGCUGGUGCUGGACCUUCCGGUGGCUAUCCGGGUGCGGGACAACCAAGCGGUGGUUACCCGGGAUCGGUGACGGGUUCCGGUAGCUAUCCAUCCGGGGCUGCUGGCGGCGGUAGUGCUCCAGGGGCCGGUGGUGUUGGUGGCCGUCCAAGUGGUGCCGGUGGCGCGGGAGGAUAUCCGAGUGGACCGGCAGCCGGCAGUGGAUCCGGCUAUCCAUCCGGUGGUCAGGGUGCUCCGGGAGGUGGUGCCGGUGCCGGUUAUCCGUCCGGUGGACCGUCCGGUUCGCCAGCCGGGUCCCGCCCUUCCGCACCUGGUAGACCGUCCGGAAAUGGUUCGUUCAACCCACAGUCCGGCUACCAGUAUUAGGGGUUGGCGAGGUCUCCUCCUCACCCACCAUUAGGUAAUGAUCAUUCGCAUUUCACCGCAACACCAACACGCAUCGGCGUGCGCAUAUCGGUAACGGAAGGCCGCGAAAAUGAGAACAAAAAAAAAAGAGGGUUUGAAGACGUACGAGAAGAAGGGUAGGAGGCGUGGA